AUGUCCUCCUCCCCCUCCCAAGCCCUCGCAACAAUCACCCCCCUCCCCUUCACCACCGGCCUCCAAAUCUACCAGACCUCCAUUCUGCCCGCAAUUCUAUCCGCGCAACACGAAGUCAUUCUGAUUACCUGUUUCUGGUCCACGGCGAGCGAGACACUUGCUCGUCUUCGUGAGACUUUACUGCAGUUGAGUGAGAAAAGUCAUGCUUUACAACAACAACAACAGAAGAAGAAGAAGGGGAAGGAACAACAAAAGAAAAUAAAAGUCCGAAUCGGUUUCUCCUCGUCUUCAGUUUGGCAGAAAUUAACUCAUACUUCUUCGAAGCAAGGGAAAGUUUAUUCUGGUGAGGAGGUUUUUGGGAAAAGGGGAUUGUUGUCACCAUCAUCAUCGUCAUUAUCGUCAUCAUCAUCAUCAUCAGAAAAAGAGGAAAAAGAAAAAGAAUUGUGGCGCGGUUUAGAUUUAGAAAUCAAGAGUAUUUUCUUCUUACCGUUUAGUGUAUGGCAUCCGAAAUUUGUCAUUGUGGAUCGCAAAGAGGUGUGGUUGCCGAGUUGUAAUGUUUCGUGGGAAGAAUGGUUUGAAGGAGGGGUGAGGGUGCAAGGGGAAGGGGUGGUGAGGAAGUUUGUGGAGUUUUGGGAGGAGAAUUGGAGGAGUGAGGGGGAUGGGGGAGGAGAAGAAGAAGAAGAGGAAGGAGAAGGAGAAGAAGAAGAAGGAGAAGAAGAAGAAGAAGAAGAAGAAGAAGAAGAAGAACCAGACCAAGACCAGGAAGACCAAGAAGACCAAGAAGAUUUCCACCACCACAACUCCCCUAGCACAACAACAACAACCCUCCCAAACAUACCCUACAAAUUCCUCCCCUCCCCACACCACCGCAACCCACACUUCCACCUCUUUCCCUGGCAACCCCCCUCUCCAGCCCCUCCAACCCCUCUCAACCUCGAACUCCUCCACCUCUUCACCACCGCGCACAAAAGCAUCUACAUCCAAACGCCCAAUCUCACCUGUGCACCCGUGCUCGACGCACUCUGGGGAGCAGCGGUCGAGCGGGGCGUGCAAGUGACGAUUGUGACGAGUGAGAGAUUGAUGAGGGUGGAACAACUCGUGACGGCGGGGAGGACGACGGGGUGGUGUGUGAGGGGGUUGGUGAAGAAGUAUCAGAGGGCGGUGCUGGAGCGGGAGCGGCGAAUGGGGGAUUUGGAAGCGGGGAGAGGGGGAACAAUGGGCUCGCUACGCGUGUCGUAUUAUGAACCACGUUCAGGAGCAGCGGCAAAGGCAAAGACAGGCGGCGAUGCGGAGCCCGUGCAGUCUCAUCUCAAACUCACCGUGGUGGACGAGGAAGCCAUCGUCUUCGGCAGUGGAAAUAUGGAUCGUGCAUCCUGGUACACAAGUCAAGAGCUAGGUGUAGCUUUUUACUCCCAUGAGCUAGUCACACAGGUGAUGCAGAGCCUACAAUCCGCGCUGGAGGGCCGCACAAAGCUAGUCUACGACAGCAGCACUCAAAGCUAA